AACGGCUAGCGUGGUUGGUGGGGGGCCCGAAAGGCGGGGACCAAAGCAACUAUGAACGCCUCAUACAGCAUGAAUCGGGCAAACGGAAACCUUCAGCAUAUGAACGGAGUUUCGAAGAAAACAUCUGCUCAAGUAACUCUUGAUGAAUCAUUUGAUGAGGAGGUGAACGCAUUUUUAGUUGAUGAAGGCCAUCUUCACUUGUAUGAUGACCUAACUAAAGUAAACCCUGUAACCACUAAAACAGUUCUGAAAUGCCUUCAAGCAAGAUAUGAUGCAGAGUUGUUCUAUACAAAUGCUGGGUGCACAGUGGUUGCUGUCAAUCCAUUCCAGCCAGUGUAUAAACUAUACAGUCCUGAAAUUAUGAAGCAAUACCACUCUGCUCCUCAUCCUCAGGAGUAUAAACCCCAUAUCUUUACUGUGGCAGAACAAGCCUACAGAAAUGUACAGAGCCAGAUAUACCCAGUAAACCAAUCUAUUAUUGUUAGUGGAGAAAGUGGUGCUGGAAAGACAUGGACGUCUCGGUGCCUUAUGAAGUUCUAUGCCACAGUUGCUGCUCCUUCGAGUUCUAAUAUGGCUAAUGAGACAGUGGAAAGAAUCGAGAGCAGAGUUCUUGACUCUAAUCCUGUAAUGGAAGCAUUUGGAAAUGCAUGUACACUCCGGAACAGCAACAGCAGCCGAUUUGGGAAAUAUAUCCAACUCCAAUUAAACAGAGCCGAGCAGAUCACUGGUGCUUCUAUCCAGACUUACCUCUUGGAGAAGACUAGGGUGGCUCACCAGGCACCUUCAGAAAGGAACUUCCACAUUUUUUACCAGAUUUUUAAAGGUGCCACUCAGCAUGAAAGGAAAGACUGGGAUCUCCCAGAAGGAACAAAAUUCUCCUGGCUGCCUAAUUUUGAAAAUAAUCUUGAAGAGGAUUGCUUUGAAGUGACCAGGGAAGCCAUGUUACACUUGGGUAUUCAGCAUGCACUUCAGAAUAAUAUAUUUAAGAUUCUAUCAGGACUCUUGCAUCUUGGGAAUAUUCAUUUCUCUGACUCUUCAGAUGAAAGCCAGCCCUGUGACCCACUUAUUGAAUCCGAAGAAUUCAUCAUCGCCACUGCAAAUUUGCUGAAGAUUCCUGCAAGCAGCCUGUUGGACAUGUUGCGUAUCCGAACCAUUACAGCUGGAAAACAACAAAUCUUUAAAAAGCCGUGCAAGAAAUCUGAAUGUGACACUAGGAGGGACUGUUUGGCUAAAACUAUUUAUGCUAGAUUGUUUGACUGGCUGGUGACAGUCAUCAAUGAAAGCAUUUGUGCAGAUUCCUCCAGAUGGAGUAACUUCAUUGGGCUUUUGGAUGUCUACGGGUUUGAGUCCUUUCCCCAAAAUAAUCUGGAGCAGCUGUGUAUCAAUUAUGCCAAUGAGAAGCUUCAGCAGCAUUUUGUGACUCACUAUCUAAAAGCUCAGCAGGAGGAAUAUGCAGCAGAAGGACUUGAAUGGUCUUUUAUCAGCUAUCAAGAUAAUCAGAGCUGUGUGGAUCUCAUUGAGGGAAGUCCUGUCAGUGUAUUCUCAUUGCUCAAUGAGGAAUGUCGACUAAACCGCUCUUCAGAUGCCACCCUGCUCCAGUCUCGACUUGAAAAAGCACUUUCUCACAACAAAUGUUUAGGGAGAGACAAGUUCAGCCAGAAGCCUAAUUUUAUUUUAUCCCACUAUGCUGGCAAAGUGAGAUACCAGAUAGAAGAUAUGGCAGAAAAAAACAAGGACCCUGUUCCUCUUGAACUUCUACAGUUGCUUCGGGAAUCAGAGGACAACCUACUUCAAAAGCUAUUUCCAGCAGAAAAACGCAUACCAGUUGAUGUCAACACUCCUAACAGGGCAGCAGUGGUGACAGUAGUUUCCAAAUUUAAGGGCUCUCUUGAAAGUUUAAUGCAAAUUUUGCACAGCACAACACCACACUAUAUUCGAUGUAUCAAGCCAAACAUGGAAUGCAAAGCUAUGAUCUUUAAAAAUGAAGAGGUACUCAGUCAGUUGGAGGCAUGUGGUAUUGUGGAGACUAUUAAUAUAAGUGCUGCAGGUUUCCCAAUCAGGAUUCCGUUUCAAAGCUUUGUGGAAAGGUACGGGGUGAUUGCCCCUGCAAACUUGAGACAUAGAAUGGAAAACCAUAUGAAAGGCAUCUCACCAGCCAAGAAGAAAAAAGACCAUAUGUCUCUUGAGGAGAAAAAUGAAAUAACAUGUAUGGUUGAGAAUAUUCUUCACCUUGUCCUGUCAAAGGGGCAAAAACCAUCUACACCAAAUACACUUGCACACUGUGGCACCACCAAAGUGUUUCUGACUCAUGCAACGAUAGAGCUACUUGAAGAGAGACGCACAGUGUCACUUUCAGAAAAGGCAUUUUGUAUUCAGUGUUGCUGGAGGAGGUAUAAGCAAAGAAAGCAAGCAAAGCAGAAAAGGGCAGCAACAACUAUCCAAUCAGCUGUUAGACGCUGGCUUACAAAGAAGAACAUUGAAAGAAUGCACAAGGCUGCAACUGUUAUAAAAAGAAUAUGGAAGAAAUGGAAAGAAAAAAUGGAAGCAUUAGCUGCUAUGGAACUGGACAAUACUACAGAAGACAUGGAAAUUGGACACAUCCCCUUGCCUGCCUCUUCAGUUAGAUUGGCUACUUCGUCCAACACCAAUUGUCUGCAGAACAAACAUUUGGCUCAAAAUGUAGUCUUUCAGACCUGGAUCCUUGGUUUGGUUUUAUCUAGGGCACCACCCCUGAGGAAGAAUAUUGUAGCUGAUGUUUUUAACAGACACCUCUACGUUUUGGCAUGCUUGAAUGUGCUAAAAAGAAAUAAUGGCUACAGGGUGGAAGCUAAUCGGUCAGAACCUGGCAUCACUUCAAUAAGAGCUCUACCACAGGGAUCAGUCAAGUUUCACUACAAGAGAUCUCCACUACAUUAUGCAAACACCUGCCCAGAGGCCCUAAGCAGUGGGAUAAAUGGAUUCAAUGAGAUUUUGUUGGAAAAGACACAAUGAGGACUUCUUCUGUUAUGAAUCAUCUUAAAUCUGACUUGUAAAUUCCACACUUCCAUGUUUGUUCUAAAAAAAUCUUAAAGAUCUACUUGUACCACCAGAAGACUCUAAAGAUCAAGAUUUUACACAAUACUUUGCACGCAGCUGGUCGCACUACAAUGCUGCCAACCAAUUCUGUAUGUGGUUGCACAGGGUCAGCAGCUUCACAUAUCACACUGCAUUUAGCCUGGGACCUAAUGAACUACAGUACUAUGACUUAAGAAGAGGCUGACACACUGACUGUUCCUGAAAUUAUAUACAAUAAAACUCCCCCAGUUUUCAGAAUUGUUUCUCCCUAAUUUAAAGAAAUUGCACUAAAACAAAAUUGUAUAAGUUGUAUGGAAAAAAAAUCACUGUAAAGUACAUGAAAAUUGAUGCAUUUUAAAUAUGUAAACACGAUACUACACUAAAGAUAAUGUUUG